AUGGAUGUCGUUCAAGCGGUGGCCGGGUCCGUCUCCAAGAUGGUCUCGACCGGGGACAGCGCCAGCGGUGGCACAUCCGCCAAGAUGAAGAUCCUGUUGCUAGACCGAGACACAGUACCGAUCGUCUCGACAGCAAUCACUCAGUCUUCACUACUGAACCACGAGGUCUAUCUGAUAGACCGGCUUGAGAACGCCAGCAGAGAGAAGAUGCGCCACCUGAGAUGUCUGUGCUUCAUCAGGCCCUCAUCCGACUCUAUCCAGUACCUCAUAGAUGAGCUUCGCGAGCCCAAGUAUGGAGAGUACCACCUCUAUUUCAGCAAUGUCAUCAAGAAAUCCGCUCUGGAGCGUCUUGCUGAGGCGGAUGACCACGAAGUGGUCAAGCUGGUCCAGGAGCACUUUGCCGACUUCGUAGUCAUCAACGCAGACCUCUUUUCUCUUGAUGUCCAUAUCCCUCAGCAGCGGAUAUGGAGCACGACUCCCGAUAUGUGGAAUACCGAUACUCUGACGCGAACAACCGAGGGUCUGAUAGCGGCACUUCUAAUGCUGAAGAAGCGGCCACUCAUCAGAUAUGAGAAGAACAGCUUCUUGGCCAAGAAACUGGCGACCGAGGUGCGGUAUCAUAUCAACCAGGAGGACCAAUUAUUCGACUUCCGAAAGGUGGACACACCGCCUAUUCUUUUAAUAUUAGACAGGAGAGACGACCCGGUGACCCCGCUGUUGACGCAAUGGACGUACCAAGCUAUGGUGCACCAUCUCUUGGGUAUUGACAAUGGCAAGGUCGAUUUGAGCGACGUACCAGAGAUCAGACCCGAGUUGAAAGAAAUCGUGCUUUCUCCGGACCAAGAUCCAUUCUUCAAGACAAACAUGUUCCUCAAUUUCGGCGACCUCGGCGGGAACAUCAAAGACUACGUCGAGCAGUAUCAGUCAAAGACUAAAAACAAUACCAAUAUUGAGUCCAUUUCAGAUAUGAAAAGGUUCAUCGAAGAGUAUCCGGAAUUCAGAAAGCUCUCCGGAAACGUCAGCAAACAUGUCACUUUAGUCUCGGAGCUCAGCCGGAGAGUCGGUGCGGAGAACCUUCUGGAGGUCAGCGAAGUCGAACAGAGUCUGGCCUGCAAUGAUAACCAUGCGGCAGACCUGAAGAACGUCCAAAGGCUGAUCCAAUCAUCUGCGGUGACGGUUGACAACAAGGUCGGCCUCGUAGCCCUGUACGCACUGCGGUACGAGAAACACUCGUCCAACUCGGUGCCCAUGCUCAUCGACCUUCUGUCAACGCAAUCACAGGCUUCUGGUGGUCUCACGGACUUAUUUGAUUCUGCUGGUAUUUUCUCAGGUGCUGGAAGCAGGUUCAAGGGACUGAAAGGCGUGGAGAACGUCUACACCCAGCACUCACCCUUGCUCGAGAUGACGCUACAAAACCUGAUUAAAGGAAAAUUACCGGAACGGCAAUACCCGUUCGUCGAAGGAGGAGGUACGACGCGCGAUAAACCGCAGGACAUUGUGGUUUUCAUAGUUGGAGGAGCAACCUACGAAGAGGCACGGACUGUCGCAACCAUCAACGCGGCGACACCAGGAGUUCGGGUAGUGCUAGGUGGGACUACUGUCCACAAUGCUACUACAUUUUUAGAGGAAGUGGAGGAUGCUGUGUCAUCAUGGCCGGAGCCACCGCCAACUACCACGGCUGGGAGGUUACGAAAGGAGCUUGGGAGGAGGUAG